UUUGUUUGACUACAUAUUUUUAAAGGCACAAGUUUAAUUUGAAACAAAAGGCGUCUUUAAAAAGAGUACUUCUCUCCUUUCUACCACUGGGUACCAUCCACUCUUGCUAUGUUUGAAUAAUGAAUGUGGUAUUUUGCAUUUAAUUGUUUUAUUGUCCUCUUUGCUGUGAAUACUGUUGGUUGACGUGAGUUGCGGGAGCGCGCACGGAAACGCGCACAGUGCAGCGUCCUUUCGGUUUCCAUGGAGACCCCAGACGGCAACAGAACACCGAGGGAGAGUGUCCGACCCCGAGUCCAGUUUAAAACACCAUAAUUUCACCUUUAACUCUUGUAAGAUUUUGUUUUUUGGACAUUUAUGGACAAGUGUUCUGCCGGGGUCAUCGCUUUGGAAAUUUGCAGCUGAAUGAUCCUGUAAGUUUCCUCCUGGGAGAGAGAUGGAGAAUAGCUCUCACUUACUGUCGCCCUCGUCACCAUCUACUUUUGGAAGCCUUUCCCUGCCUUUCUCGUCUUCACCGCAGCAGACCAGCUUCUCUAAUGGUCGUCUUUCCCUCCCACUUUCACCAAUUUCAUUCCCACCAUCCCCUUCCUCCCUUUCUCCAUCAACAGCAGAGUCUCUUCAUUCUCUCUCGCCUCUUUCACACGGCACAGCGUCUCAGGGCCAUGAAGGACAAAACAUACAAGGCUUCAGCACAGCAACUGUACCUGACCAGGAUGACCUGACCUGCCUCAACUGGCUGCAUCAGAGGGGGAACCUGCUCCCAUUGCAGCCCCUUCCCAAAAUCACAAUGCUGCCUCAGCUUGAGUCCUCCACACCUACCCAACCUCUUUCUCCUGCCAUGUCGAAACCUCCGUAUUCCUUCAGUACUCUGAUUUUCAUGGCGAUAGAAGACUCACCUGACAAGAGGCUUCCAGUUAAGGACAUCUACGAUUGGAUAGUGAACAAUUUCCCUUACUACAGGACUGCCCCCGGAGGCUGGAGGAACUCUGUUAGACACAACCUGUCGCUGAGCAAGAGCUUCCGUCGCAUUCAGAGGGACAAGAGCCAGUCAGUGGGGAAGGGAUCGCUGUGGUGUGUGUGUCCAGAGUAUCGGCCAGCGCUCCUCGAAGUGCUCAGGAAGACCCACAGUUAUCACAGCACCAACAUCAAUCUGUUAAACAAGCCUGCAUUGCUGGAGGGAGCAGAGUUCGGGGUGCCUGCAGUGUGCGACUCUAUGGAAAUGUCAGAUCCUCUCUCUCACGCCCUCCUCCUCUCCUCGCCAUCAACGCAAAUCAUGACCACUGAUAACCCAACUUUCUCUGAAAACCCAUCGUGCCCUUUGACCCCGGAUCACGAGGAGCUCGUCACCAUGGAGUCGGUUGAAUACCAGCAGCAGGGCGAUAUCAGCGAGGAGAUAGAGAAGGACCCCCUGUCAGACAGCGGUUACAUCGAGUUACAUUAUUACGAGUCUCACCAGUACCAGUACCUGGUGCUGCCCGGUGACACAGAGCUGGACCUGGAGACUGUGGAGAUCCUUCAGCUUGAUGCAGAGGCCCAGGAGGCUGCUGGGUCACUGUUGGACUUGGCAGGUGGCGUUUAUUAAUUUAAAAUCCCAUUUAACAGUCACAGCUGAUGCUUAGAUCCGUCUUAAGCAGAUACUUCAAAAAGGUAACAUAAAUUGAGAUUUAUGUUUUAGAAUCUUAAUGAUAGUGGAUGGAGUGAUGAGACGUUGACACUGCCCUUAUUCUUGAUUUGUAGUUAGAUAAAUAAUAUAGAUUCACCUUUUGUUGGACUAACAAGACUAAUGAAUCACAUGACCGUAUAUGAGUUCAGGCACUUUUGCAAAUACUAAAUUUACCACCAUACAAGGGAAACCUGGACAAAUACUUGAGAGUGUAAUCCUCAAUGGGAAACUUCGGACACUAUUAUACCCAGAGGUUUUAUAACUGAGCGGCAAGUAUUAAUAGAGUUGGAUCUUCGUUACAAAAAGAUUUUGUGUUUCCACAUUUUGUUCAUUCUCAGGGGUAUCAUGUAAAAACUGUUUCUGGAUUAAGAUGUUUUCCAUGCUAGGGGAAGAUUUUUAUAGACUUAAAACCUGAAAAAGAAAACACUAAAAUACCUAUUGACUCACUUCCACACUGUUGCCUUUUCAAUAUGAAUAAGUCUUUCCUACCAGUCUUUCUCCAAUUCAUUAAAGUGGUGGCCAUCUUUUCUUUAUUAUUUGUUUAUAGAGGUUACUUUUUGAGGAAAAAAACAUUUAAACAAAUGUAUUCUGAAAAUACUGCCUUUCUACAAGUAGUAGUGAAAUACUUGUUUGAAACAUACUUGCAAUUGUAGAUUGAACUCAGAAAAUGGGAAAGCACUACUCAAUUACAAUUAUGUAAGUACUUCCAAUUUUAUUUCUAUGUAUUUCUUUACACCAUUGACAUUUUUCAUAUCAUGCAUGCUUGAGUUUUAUUUACAUGUUACGGAAUUUCCUGUGAAUUUUAAAGACUAGAUAUGAUCUUGUAUGCUAAGCAAAAUGUUAUUCAAUCAGGAAUUCUUGAUUGGAAAUUUGAGUUAUCAAUGCAAAAUGUACUCACUGCCAUUGCAAAUGCUUUACAUUUCAGUGUAUACGCAAAUUCUGUUUGUAAAUUUGAUGUAUUUUCAAAAGUUUCAGAUUUUGUAUUCUAACAAAUACGAUCUAUCAUGCCGUUAAGUGAAUAAAAACGGCCUAUUUUUCUGUUCA